AUGGGGGAGUCACCCGACACCAUGGAAGACGAUAUGAGAAUGUCCGAAAGAACUGCACGGGAAAGUUUGUUUAGAUUGUCAAAAGGUGUUGAAACAUUCAUAGACGUGUAUUUGCAGAAACCUUCUUUGCAUGAUACGCAAGAGCUUUAUGCAGCACAUGAAGAAGAGACAUGGAGGCUAUUGCUUUCCAAGAUUCAUCAGUCGCCAAUAUUCCACGAUCUUUUGAAUGGAAAGGCACCAGAUGCUCCUUUCACAGUGAAUGGAAACAAAUACAAAUUUGGGUAUUACCUUACAGAUGUAAUAUAUCCUCUGUAUUCCACAUUUGUGAAGACAUUCCGACACCCGGUUGAAGAAAGAGAGAAAUUAUUCAAGAGAAGACAAGACAGAGCACGUAAGAAUGUGGAACGUGCUUUUGGAGUGCUAAAGGCGAAGUGA